AUGGUGUUUUUGUGUCAACAGCCAGGUUUGGAUCGAUCUACUCUCAUGGAGCAAGCGGAGUUAUUGCAGGAGCGAAACGAGCUGAUUGAAGACGUUCGUUUCGUACGCCGGCUUCUGUUCGAAGAGCUCUGGGAACCACUGACCGCAAGUGAAGAGGAAAUGAAGGGAGAAGAAAAAGUACUAUCCUAUUUGGUUCGCGGCGAAGUCCGCAAAACCUGUUUCAAAAUUGAAGAUGACCAAUCGAUGUCCCUCAAAGUUAUUCUCUUUGGGUGCCAAGGAAGCGAACCCGCAGUUAGAGAAUGCACUAUGCACACAGGUUGCGGUUCUGUCGGUUCUCCACUCCUGAAUAAACCGGGAAACCGCUGGAAAGGCGACCGAAGAUGCGUCUGCCUCCACUUCGGAGACUUGGUCAUCGAGAAAAUCGGAGAGAGCACCGCUUUGCAAGCCUCCGUACGCGACGCUCUUCCCCGGAAGCACGACCUCAGUAAAAUUCGUAAACCUGGACGACGAAGAACUACGACUGCAGCUUGA